AUGGUGAAACUUAACGAAGAGUGCUCAGCAAUUCUUCAAAAUAAAUUGCCUCCAAAGCUCAAGGACCCAGGGAGUUUUUCUAUUCCUUGCACCAUAGGAGAUACUGAGUUUAAGAAAGCUUUAUGUGAUUUAGGUGCUAGUAUAAAUCUAAUGACAUAUUCUAUUUUUGAAAAACUUGGAUUGCAUGAACUAACACCUACUACUAUUACCUUGCAAUUAGCUGAUAGAAGUAUUAAAUAUCCUAGGGGAGUAGUAGAAGAUGUUUUAGUCAAAGUGGGCAAUUUUAUUAUACCUGCUGACUUCAUUGUGUUAGAUAUGGAGGAAGAUAGGACAAUGCCUUUGAUUUUAGGGAGACCUUUUCUUGCUACUGGUAAUGCUUUAAUUGAUGUGCAAAAAGGUCUACUUACUCUUAGGAUCAAUGGUGAAGAAGUAGUAUUUAAUGUAUUUAAGACCAUGAAGUAUCCUAACACAAUUGAACAUGAAAUAUAUGCAAUCGAUUGCAUUGAUGUUUGGGCAGCUGAAAUCAACGCAUCUAAAUUAGAUGAUCUUUUAGAAAGCUGCAUUCGUUAUUCUUGUGAAAACGUAUAG